GGGCCGGGCCUGUUUGCGACAGUGGCCGCGGGUCCCGGUCAGGAAAGCUGAGAGGGGACCCACAGCGCAGCGCGGGGCCGGCGGUCCGCUCGCCGCGGCGCUGAAGGGCUCUUCCUCCCCCACGCGGCUAGCCCGCCUCCCAGAGCCGCGGCACGGGAUCUCGGCGGGGACGUGGACCAGGGACUCGCCGUCCCGGGGGGCGGCCGGGGACGCCGAGCUGCUCAGGAUGAGGAGGACAGCGGCUCUCGGGCGGCGCGGCCGCGUCCCCAGGGAGUGAGCCCCUACCCGCCGCCGCCUCGGGGACUUCCCGGACGCCACGGCUUGCGGCCAUGCGUGCGCCCUGAGGGGAAGGCGUUUGGAGUCGUGGACCGAGUCAUGCAGGCUGGCUUUUGAGAGGCUCGGGACGAGUAAAGAAACCCCAAAAUGGAGGACUUUCCUACCAGGACCUAUGGCACCAGUGGCCUGGACAACAGACCUCUGUUCGGGGAGACGUCGGCCAAGGACCGAAUCAUCAAUUUAGUUGUUGGCAGCUUAACAUCCUUAUUGAUUCUAGUAACGCUGAUCAGUGCUUUUGUUUUCCCUCAACUACCUCCCAAACCGUUGAAUAUAUUUUUUGCUGUCUGCAUCUCUUUGAGUAGUAUUACUGCCUGCAUACUUAUCUACUGGUAUCGACAAGGAGACUUAGAACCGAAAUUUAGAAAUCUAAUUUACUAUAUCGUAUUUUCUAUCAUCAUGUUAUGUAUAUGUGCGAACCUGUACUUCCAUGAUGUGGGAAGGUGAGGCUGCCAAGGAGAAAUACUUACCAGGACUCUUCAAAACUAUACAUUAGGACAGUGAAUAAAUGUUGGAUUAAAGUAUGCUGAAGAAUCUUCUACAGAAAUCUGAUACAUGAUUUUCAUGUUAAUUGUAAAUCUAAAUUCCCUCUUGAAAGGGAGACAUAUCAUAGAUGUCACUGCUUUUUUCUUUAAGGAGCUGAUGUUGCACUCAAAACAUUCCAAACCUUAAAGUUCAAACAGCACAAGUACUUUUCACUUUUGAAAUUCACUUUUUUUUUUUUUUAACAAUUGCAUGGCAAAGGCUCAAAAUCUUGCAUUUUAAGACAAAUAUUCUUUUAUUUGUUAAACUGAAUAUACAAUUAUUGUUCCCUAGGCAACCAACUUUGCUUAUAACUACAAUUUCACGUUAACAAAACACAGACAGCGAAAAGACAACUCUGAUUGUGAAGAUCUAAUUACAAUAAUAAAUAAAAUAAUUUAUACAAGUUUUUUUUUUGUGACUUUUCUAUAGGGGUCAUAUUCAUUUAAGCCCUAGAGGCUAGUUUUGGCUUAACCCUUCUCUAGUAUAGGAAUGACUCUUGAUUUGUUUCCUUUUGUUACAGAAGCAAAUUUUGUUUUGUUUUUAAAAAUUGCCUGAGAGGGAGAAGUUAUAUUGUACCUCCACCAGCUAGUGCACUAAGUGAAUGGCAAACUCUGAUACCCCCUCUAGUAUUUUUGGGUAAUCUAUGUAGUAAAACAUGUAAUAAACAGUCAUGGUAUCAGGGACAGAUAAUAUUAUCUCCUUCCAUAUUUGGUUUAAUUUUAUUUCAAAGUGCUAACUCUGUAAACUAGUAACAAUGGUUUCUGAUGAGGGGGGUGAAAACUGCUUCGUGACCAGUGGGUUGUUUACUACUCUUACCCAUAUUCCCUUUAAAAGUAAUAAAAAACCUGUAGUGAAUUUUCUUGACUCUAAUGCUGUCCUCUUUACCCUGCCUCUACCAGCUCCCACUGCCAGCAAUGGGGUAAACAAAAGUAACCACAACACAAUUACCUCCCAGGUCUCUGUAUUUGUACGCUGGUCAAGGCUCAAUACUAUUUAAUCUUUUUGAAGAAGAUCACUGAUAGCUCUAAACCAUGUUGAUAUGACUUCUCUGAAAUAUAACCAGGCCUACUUGAGACUGAUAGAGUGCCAUGUUUAUCUGCAGAGAUGAAUAUUACUGCUUUUAAACCAGAGCAGUUAAGCUUUGGUGAUUUAAAAAACUUCUCUGUAGCUGAAGUAAAUGAAAUUCUGUCCUGACAAAUAACAGUAAACGCAGGGAUCUGUGCAGUUAAAUCUUCCACACUCUACUAAUCUACACACUGUCAUUAAACUGGACCUCAGAUGAUAUACUUAAAAGGAGGUAAAAAGUCAUAGCAGCAACAAUGUGCAUGGCUUAAGCACUGUAGCUAUUUAAAAGCCCGAGGAAUGGUAAAAGGGGUUGCUCCUAUUUCUUUGGAGAUAUUGUAAUUAACAGUGUGGUUCCUUUGCUUGAACUACCUGUUUCUAAGAAUUUAAUUAAUGACAAUUUACCAAAUCCUCAACAUCCUUCGAGUCUUCAGAAACAGGACUGCCCAAAGAUGAUCCAAUGAUAUUUGAUUCUUCUUGAUGAUGUUGGAGUAUGGGAUCUGUAAUGAAUUAAGUUUCAAGUUAGUCUUUUCCAUAUGUUCAUUUUUUAACCCAUGUCAAGAAUUUAUGGUAAGUAUUCUACCAGAGUAUAGGAUUUAACAAGUUUUUAUGUUGGAUCAAGAAAAGACUUAAGGCCCACUUUUUCCCUUUUAGAUUUAUCAGGAACAGGAGAUAAAGAGUUGUAUUACAGUUACCUGUUAGUGUUGUCAAAGGCAAGACAGAUUCAGUAUCAAUAACAUCAGAUGCCUGGAUAAAGCUGUGUGGUGAAGGAACGAUAAGUAUUGUUUCAUCAUCAAUAGUCGUUUGAUCAACUUGUUCUACUAUGGUGGGUGACUCUAAAUCCUAAAUAAUAUGAAAAAAAAAAAGAAAGAUUUUGACUCAUUCCUUGUCAGUUUUCCUUAAAGUCUCAAGUAUGUCUA